AUGGCCCAAAGAGCGGGAGUUGAACGACGAUGGACAGUUGAAGAGGACGAGUUGCUACUUGCCGCUGUGGCGAACUUUGGGGAACAUGAUAACUGGAAGACCGUGGCUCAAGCGGUUCCUGGGAGGACUAAUAAGGCUUGCCGCAAGCGCUGGCUUCACUCUCUUUCGCCUACAAUCAAAAAGAGUGCCUGGACUGCCUCUGAAGACCAUCUACUCAUCGAGCUUUAUGGGCUGCAUGGCCCGAAAUGGUCUCUCAUAGCGAGAUCUAUCCAGGGUCGCACCGAUGAUGCUUGUUCAAAACGCUAUCGAGAAGCAUUAGAUCCAAGUCUCAAGAAGGAUGAAUGGACAUCUCAGGAAGAUGUAAGGCUGCUGGAAGCAUUUGCACGUAUCGGUGGAAAAUGGGGUCGGGUCGGACAAGAAUUAGGUCGAAGUGGACUGGGUUGCAGAAACAGACAUCGACUACUCGAGCGGAAUCGUCUGAAAGCUCAGCGAAGAACUGAGCAACAUCCCACUGUUGUUGCACGUUAUUACCCUCCAGAGUCCUAUCCCACUGCCUUAGGUAGCGAGCAUCCAACCGAAACAUAUAGAGCGCCGUCGCCUCAAAUGCCCCUCAAGUCUCCUCCGAUGCCCUUCAAUUAUUCCUCCUCGUCGCUGAGCGCAGCGUUGUCUGAUCCGCCUCGCCCGUCGCUACCACUGCCUCCAGUUGACGAACUAAUGGAUAUGCCAUAUGACUACCCGUCUCCUACAACCUCGGCUUCUCCGGGGCCGGCAGACUCCAAAUCCCCCACACCCGAACUGGUGACUUCUUCAUCCGCCUCCACUACGCCUGCAACCUCAUUGUCACCUGCUCAGCCUCUUCCAAUUCCACUUUAUACGACUCCAACACCGUACACCAUUUCACCUGCACAACUUUUCAUCAAUUCUCCCAAUCUACCUCCCCCUCGACCUCCCAAGCGCUUCACGCCAGUAUUGGUCCCUACGCCGUCUAUCGAGACACUAGACUGCACUAACCCUCCAAGCGCAUUGCCCUCGUCUAGCUCCUUGUUAUUAGCAACUGAAUCGACGAGUAGCGUUGCCGCCACCCAGCCUCCUGAUACCCAAACCUGCUCUCCGCUUAUCCCUCCUAUUCCACUAUCUCCUGCAGAUAGUCCUCAACUAGAUCUGCCUCCCGUCGCAUUCUCAUCUCAACCCAAUCCCCUUCCUCCCGUCACGCAGACUCUGAUCAAACGGCAAAAGCGACCACGGAAAGCAAAGGCGAUUGGCGAGACACGACUAUCAUGCAUUCUUCCAACAUCAUCCAAUCCUGAGCUCCGUGCAUAUGCAUGUGGUCUUGAAUCCUGUUGGCCAGAAGGAGAAUCUACGAGCUCCGCCUGCUAUUCGACGUCAAAAGAACUUUUAGACCACAACAGAGAGGCUCAUGGAGAGGAGCCUGAUAAUGAGGUUGCCGACAAACCCAAUGAUUCACGACCGUACAGAUGUGCCUUGGCAGGUUGCGGCAAGUCGUGGAAGUCUCUUAAUGGGCUCCAGUAUCACCUACAGAUAUCAACGGCUCACUUCCAGAACGCGGUAUCGUCGACUUUUGAGGCAACUAACGAGAUCGAUGUGAUUGAGGAAGCCGACAGCAAUCGUCGUGUCUACAUUUGUACCCACGCUGGGUGCUUCAAAGCGUAUAAGCAACCAAGCGGCUUACGUUAUCAUCUCAAGCAUGGCCAUUCUGAUGCUGCACAGUUGGAGACUGUACCUCCUACUUUGGCGCGGGAAAUGGGCAAGAAGACGCGUAAAAUGCGCCGCAAGGACGACAGUUGA